GCCCGACGAGCGGCUCUCCAGGAUUCCGAGCGAUUCCUAAGUGCCAUCGACAAGGAGGGAUCUAAAAAAGCAUCUAUAAAAAAGGUGGAAAAAAAGGGAAUUAAAGGCCUGGACCACUCGUCCCUAGGGACCGGGAACAAGAAUUCAGAGGGAGAUAUGUGAGAACCCUGCGACCUGCUCGAAGGAGAGAGGAGUCGAGUUCCAGCCUAUUCUCGGAUUCCCCUGGCAGCGAUGUAUCCCCUGGUGCUCGCGCUGUCAUUGAUGACAGCCGGGGUGAUGGCACGUGACGUCGACUACUGCUUCGCCGAGGAAGAGGACCCCUACCUCUUCAUGGGGAUGAAGACGGCCUAUCACUUCGUCAUGAGCGGGAGGACUCGUUACCAGAACAUCCCAGAUUGCGAGCCGAUCCAGAUAUGGAUGAUAGCGAGGCACGGCACUCGCUAUCCUUCGAGUUCAGAGGUGACGAAAUUGCAGACCCUACCGAAACUCCGGGACCAGAUCGUCUACAGUCACGAGAAUCGUGGAUUCGGGCACCUGUGCAACCAGGACCUGGAGAACCUGAAGAGAUGGCGACUGGACCCGAACGUGAACCUGGGGAUGGCGAAACAGCUGACGGCCCAGGGAGAGGAGGACAUGCGUCUCCUGGCCAGGAGGCUCCAGAGUAAUUUCCCGGAAUUACUUCAACCGAAUUCCGGGAACAUCACGGCAGCCAAUUACAAGUUCAGGACGACCAGCGAGGACCGCACGAGGGCCAGCAUGGAGCUCUUCAUGGAGGGCCUCUUCGGCAGCAGAACGGCUCUCCCCCACGAGGAAAACCCUGGGAACGACACCCUGCUGCACGCGAACAAGGCGUGCGGCUCGUGGGAGGCCACUAGCGAGAACAACACCAUCAUCGAAGAGGAGGACACGAAGUUCAUGAUGACCCCACCCUUCGAGAACCUCGUCCACAACGUCAGCAGACGCCUAGGGUUUCUGCAUAACAUCUCCACUGCAUCCCUCCUCAUCAUGUACGACAUGUGUCGUUACGAGAAGGCCUGGUCGGUCAGCAACCUGUCGCCCUGGUGCGCAGUCUUCGCCAAAGAGGAGCUGAAGGUCCUGGAAUACGAGGAGGACCUCUACAGCUACUACUAUUCCGGGUACGGAAGGGAGGUGAACGAAAAACUGGGAUGCCCACCGCUCAAGGACAUGUUCGACCACUUCCGAAAAUUGGAACGUGGGGAUUUCUCGGGCCAGCCCAAAGGCGUCUUCUCGUUCAGCCACAGCACGCCUCUUCAGCUUCUGAUGACGACGAUGGGCAUCGCCAAGGACAGCGAGCCCCUCACGGCGACCAACUACAACGGCAUGUCCAAGAGGAAGUGGAGGACCUCCUUCCUGGGCCCCUUCGCCUCGAACAUAGUCGCCGUGUUUUACAGGUGCAAGAAUCCGGAGUAUCCGAACAAGGUCAUCUUCUACCAGCAGGAGUCGCCGAUCCUCUUCGAGGGCUGCAACGUCGGCCUAUGCGACUGGGAGUAUCUGAAGAAUAAAUACAACAAAGCAGUGUCGGAGUGCGAUCUGAAUUUCUGCUGGGACCGAAGUGGAGCCUCGUCGAAUUUCCGAAUCGAUUUGACCCACCUUCUCCUACUUCUGGUGAUUUUCGUGUGCUAUUGAAGUCCUGUCAGGAAGACGCUCGAAUGAUCUUCAAGUCCUCGUAAUGAUAUUAUUUAAUUAAUAAAUAAACGCCGACCAGGGUGUUUCGUAUCAGUCUCCGUCCGGGACAAAAUGGCGGCCUCCUAAACACCUAAUAAAGAACAUAGUGAGAAACGCAUUAUAGAAGUAGUGACGAGUGUCAUAUGUUAAGUCAAACGAUGCAGCUAUAAUAGAAUAACGCGCAAGAUGUUGCCUAAACAGGAUUGCUGAGAAUCCUUGAAUUUGCCAAUUUUAUAUUAAUUUUUGUAUUAAUCAUUUCACGUCCCCGAGGUGGCCGCACCAGGGCACGUUUCAUGUAUGUACCGCCGAGAUUCUUCGGAAUAUUAUAGACAUAAUAUUAUAAAAUGAAAAUAUAAGAAAAUAUAAAUGAUAUUAUAGACA